AUGGCCCAGGACGUGGUAGCAGCCCCGCCGCCGCCGCCCGCCGCCGCCAAGCCGCCGGUGCCGCCCGCCUCCCCGCAUCCCGGCGACCGGGAUGCGGGGAACGCCGCGGCCGCCGUCGAGCAGCUCCUCGAGAGCUUCGAGCGCGUGCUCGCGGCCGUCGUCGACGGCCGGCUGCCGGGGUUCGGCUUCGAGAACGACGCGGCGUCGACGUCGCUGAAGGCCCUCGUCAAAAGGCUGGACGAGGCGGACGAUGCGUCGACGGCGCUGGAGGAUCUCAUCAAAACGCUCGACACGGCGGACAUUUCCGCGGACGAAGGUAGGAGGUUCAAGGAAAACCAAGGCAGGGCGUACCAGGAGCGCCUGGGCAUGUGAGAGGGCGGGAAGCUGUUUCUCCGGGCCGGGAAGCCCUCCGACGACGAAGCCGCGGCGGCGCUCGACCGCGUCGAACUGCGCCGCGACGUGUUCGUCGCCGUGGUCGACGCCAUUAAAGACCACGUGGAGGAGAAAUACGGUAGCAUCGGGUCGCACGGCGUUUCCACGAGAGAAGAAACGCACUGGGUCAUCCGUCUGCAAAGGGUCGCGGAAGGCAAGGUCCUCGAGAAGUACUGGAUCUGCGGCGAGUCGACGACGCUCGCCUCCGUGUCGGCGCUGCUCGCGCUGGUGCGCGAAUGCGGCGGCGCGGCGCGGGCCGCCGGCGAGAGGCUCCAGGCGCGCCUCGCGGUGCCGCGCUUGAGCUUGAAUUCCACGAUGGCUAGGUGCGGGACGUGCAAGCUGGCCACCGACGUGGCGGCCAUAUCGGCCUCCGCGACGAAGCCGCGCGACCUGGACGAGGCCCUCGGCCCCAUCACCUUUAAGACGCGCGGCGCGACGCCCCUCACGAAACAAGGCGACCGCGAGGCGCCGGUCUUGAAGUUCGCGGCCCCCGAGGCGCCGGCCGGCGGCGGCGCCGACGCGCGCGCGGUGCGCCGAGGCACGGGCUUCACGCUCAAGUUUCGUUCGCGGGCCGCGGGCCUCUAG